AUGGGCUGCGGCCGCGGCGCCUUGCAAAGCUCCCGGGCGGAGAGCCCUCAGAGCCGUCAGGGCGAAGCGCUGAGUCUGCAGAGCGUGAGGCUCACGGACAAGAAGCCCAGCUCGCCCUCGAAGCAGAGCAAGACAGCGGCGCUGAGCGGCCGUCUCCGGAAAGGCGAAGCGGCCCGACCAAGCCAAGAGUGGACUGCUGGCGGGGUGAUGCGCGGCGACCGGAUGCUGGCAAAGACCCAGGCAGGCUCGGCGGCACCCACCCAGUCGCCUGCAGGCAAGGCCCGCGCCAGCCCUUCCGGCCCUUCCGGCCCUUCCGGGCCGUCUGGGCGCCCCAGCGCUAGAGGAGCCACCCCCACAGGCGCUGCCAAGCGCACCUCCUCAGCCCCGACGCCGGCACGGCGGGAGUCGGAGGCCAAACCCAAGGCGCGGAGUUCGGCCAAGGGCAAGGGCAAGGGCUCGAAACCCGUCCUCGACCUGGACGACCACGAGAAGGCCUUGCUGAGCGAAGUGCUCGAGACAUCUCCCGGCGUGGCUUGGGACUCUAUCGCGGGAUUGGAGGAUGUCAAGCGCCUCUUCUGGGAGAUCGUGGUUGCGCCAAUCAAGAACCCCUUGUUGUUCUCCGGGGUUCGAAGUGCCUCGGCCCGGGAGGCGACGUGCCGCCCGCCCAGGGGAGUGCUGCUGUUUGGGCCGCCGGGCAACGGCAAGACCAUGCUGGCCAAGGCUGUGGCGAGUGAGUGCAAGGCCACCUUCUUCAGCAUCUCCGCCUCCUCACUGGUGUCCAAGUGGGUGGGCGACUCGGAGAAGCACAUGCGCGCACUCUUCAGCCUGGCACGGAAGCUCCAGCCCUCGGUAAUCUUCAUGGAUGAGGUGGACUCGAUGCUUACCAGCCGCUCCUCUGGCGAGCACGACGCCGCUCGGCGCCUGAAGACGGAGUUCUUGGUGCAGUUGGACGGCGCAUCCACUGGCACGGAGCGGGUGCUGGUGCUGGGGGCCACCAACCGCCCCUCGGAGUUGGACGACGCCGUGCUGCGGCGCCUGCCGCGGAGGAUUCUGAUCCCGCUGCCUGAGGCGCCCACCCGGGGCCUGCUGGUGAGCAAGGAGCUUCGGGAUGCCCGGCACUCCCUGAGCGAGGCGGACUUUGGGAGGUUGGCCGGCCUCACGGAGGGCUACUCCUGCUCGGACUUGGCGGCCCUGACCCGGGAGGCAGCCAUGGGCCCCGUGCGCGGCCUGCGCCCGGAGGACCUCAUCUCGGCCACGCCGGACAAGGUGCGGGCCAUCACCCUGACGGACUUCCGGGAGGCCCUGUCUAAGGUGAAGCCAAGCCUUUCCAAGGAUGCGCUGGCGGAGUUUCACAAGUGGAACCGCGCACACGGCAGCAGCUGA